AUGGCUUCAAUGACACUCUUUGUUCAAGUGGAUGUUCUUCCUGAUAUCUCGAAUCGCCCACUGACCGAGCUGGAAAUAAUCGCAUUGGCUAUCCUUGAUCUGGAUGUGAUGAUCCUUGCCACAAAAGGUAUAAGGAACCAUUUGCAACAAAUCUCCUCGUGUUACUGUUAUUACUUCGGAUGUGACGAUAGGAGAGCCGUACAGCUUUACAUUGAUACUUUGGAACCUGAACUUUACCUUUGA